UAAUCAAACGGGCAGCAACAGGAGGAGGAGCCGCGGACAAGUGGAGCCUGGGCUGGAUCCUCACUAGCUCCGGUCAAACCCUAACUCUUACGGGUGGGGCGGGCAACUUCCGCUCAGAGCAAGGAAAGCGUCACAUCCGUCAAAUGUCUUCACCCCUCCCCCCUUCUCCGCUGUAGCUACGUUUACAACGUUCUGACUUCCUCUUCCAGGAGACUUUGGCCUAGUCUCAACACCUGACGUGGACUACAUAACCCAGCAUUCAUCACGGCAAGUGGAUUUCCGGGUCAAGAGGUCCGCGCUGGGUACAUCACCAUGGAAGCAAUCGGUUUGGUCACGUGGUGCCCUUGGUUACGCCCGGUGGCAGCUGUGGGGUCUAGGGCUCAGACGGGGGCCAUUUUGCCAGAAGCUGCCUCCCGGAGUUGGGGGCGGCCUGGCGGCAGGCUGAAGCUGCUCUUUUUCCUCUUCUGCAGCUUGGGGCUUGGAGAAGAUCUGGAAGUCUGGGCUCCAUCGAGCCCUUUGGAGACGGCAAUGGUUUCUUCCAACCACCACCACUUGACAACCCUGCAUGGCGGCUGCCCCCUCCGCGCUGCUGCUGCUGCCGCCCUUUCCAGUACUCUCUACCUAUCGGCUCCAGAGCCGCAGUCGUCCUUCCGCCCCAAAGACUGAUGAUAGUCGAGUUGGGGGCAUUAUGAGAGGAGAGAAAAACUACUACUGCCGUGGAGCUGCGGGGGACCACGGUUCCUGCCCCACUACAACUUCGCCUCUGGCCUCGGCCCUCUUGAUGCCCUCGGAGGCAGUCUCAAGCAGCUGGUCUGAGUCUGGAGGCGGUUUGUCAGGGGCAGAUGAAGAGGAGACUCGGCUCCUUCAACUCCUCCGCACUGCCCCGGAUCCUUCUGAGGCCUUUCAGGCUUUGCAAGCUGCUUUGCCGCGGCGGGGCGGUCGACUUGGCUUCCCCCGACGCAAGGAAGCUUUGUAUCGGGCACUGGGCCGAGUGCUUGUGGAAGGAGGUAGUGAUGAGAAGCGGCUCUGCUUGCAACUUCUCUCGGACGUUCUCCGGGGUCAGGGGGAGGCAGGCCAGCUUGAAGAGGCCUUUAGCUUAGCACUUUUGCCUCAACUAGUUGUCUCGUUACGGGAAGAGAAUCCAGCCCUGCGGAAGGAUGCGCUGCAGAUCCUUCAUAUAUGUCUGAAACGUAGUUCUGGAGAGGUUCUGAGAACGCUCAUACAACAAGGACUGGAAAGUACCGAUGCCCGACUUAGAGCUUCCACAGCACUACUGCUUCCCAUCUUGCUUACUACUGAGGACUUGUUGCUUGGUCUGGAUCUCACCGAGGUGAUAAUAUCCCUAGCCCGAAAGCUUGGUGAUCAGGAGACAGAAGAAGAAUCUGAGACAGCUUUCUCUGCACUUCAACAAAUUGGGGAGCGACUUGGCCAAGACAGGUUUCAAUCUUAUAUUUCUCGUCUUCCCUCUGCCCUGAGGAGACACUACAAUCGCCGCCUGGAGUCCCAGUUUGGAAGUCAGGUUCCUUAUUAUUUGGAACUUGAAGCCGCUGGAUUUCCUGAAGAUCCCCUUCCCUGUGCAGUGACUCUUUCCAACAGCAAUCUUAAAUUUGGGAUUAUUCCUCAGGAGCUGCAUUCACGAUUAUUGGAUCAGGAAGACUAUAAGAACCGGACCCAGGCCGUCGAAGAACUAAAGCAGGUGCUGGGAAAAUUUAACCCUAGUUCUUCUACUCCUCAUUCUAGUCUUGUUGGCUUCAUUAGUUUGCUAUAUAAUUUGUUAGACGAUUCUAACUUCAAAGUGGUCCAUGGCACACUUCAAGUCCUGCAUUUACUGGUUAUUCGCCUUGGAGAGCAGGUACAGCAGUUCUUGGGACCAGUUAUAGCAGCUUCUGUCAAAGUGCUGGCAGACAACAAGUUGGUGAUCAAACAAGAAUACAUGAAAAUCUUCCUCAAGCUAAUGAAGGAAGUAGGACCUCAGCAGGUGCUUUGUUUACUCCUGGAACAUCUCAAACAUAAGCAUUCCAGAGUGAGAGAGGAGGUGGUGAACAUUUGCAUCUGCUCCCUGCUGACCUAUCCUAGUGAGGAUUUUGACUUGCCCAAAUUGUCCUUUGAUCUUGCCCCAGCUCUUGUAGAUAGCAAACGCAGGGUACGCCAAGCAGCUUUAGAAGCUUUUGCCGUAUUGGCAUCAUCAAUGGGCUCAGGUAAAACCAGCAUCCUUUUUAAAGCUGUGGAUACAGUUGAACUGCAAGAUAAUGGAGAUGGAGUGAUGAAUGCUGUGCAGGCCAGAUUGGCUAGGAAAACCUUACCAAGGCUAACAGAGCAGGGAUUUGUGGAAUAUGCAGUACUGAUGCCAUCUUCUGCCGGGGGUAGGUCAAACCAUUUGGCACAUGGAGCAGAUACGGACUGGCUUUUGGCUGGUAACAGAACUCAGAGUGCACACUGUCACUGUGGUGACCACGUGAGGGAUAGCAUGCAAAUUUAUGGAUCUUACAGCCCAACUAUCUGUACCCGAAGGGUUUUAAGUGCAGGAAAAGGAAAAAAUAAAUUACCAUGGGAAAAUGAGCAGCCUGGAAUCAUGGGAGAAAACCAGACCUCCACUUCCAAGGAUAUAGAGCAGUUUUCAACAUAUGAUUUCAUCCCAUCUGCAAAAUUAAAGCCUUCUCAAGGAAUGCCAGUCAAUGAUGAUUUAUGUUUUAGCAGAAAAAGAGUAUCAAGAAACUUAUUUCAGAAUAGUCGGGAUUUUAACCCAGAUUCUCUUCCUUUAUGUGCUGCUGGUACUACUAGGACUCAUCAAACAAAUCUUUCUGGGAAAUGUGCACAACUUGGAUUUUCACAAAUAUGUGGUAAAACUGGCAGUGUGGGUUCUGACUUACAAUUCCUAGGGACAACUAGCAGUCAUCAAGAUAAAGUGUAUGGUAGCCUCAAUUUUGGCAGUCAGACACAGCAAACAUUUGGUAGUCAAACAGAGUGUACUUCCACAAACGGUCAAAAUCUAAGUCCAGGAGCUUCCAUCCUUCCAUCCUAUCCUGUCUCAUCACCUCGAACUAGUCCAAAGCAUACAUCUCCUCUUAUUAUAUCUCCAAAGAAGUCUCAAGAUAAUUCUGUUAAUUUCUCAAAUUCCUGGCCUCUUAAAAGCUUCGAAGGACUAUCAAAGCCAAGUCCACAGAAGAAGCUUGUCAGCCAAAAAUCGUCUGAUCCUACGGGUAGAAAUCAUGGAGAAAAUUCUCGAGAAAAACCUCCAGUUCAGCUUACACCUGCCUUGGUGAGAUCGCCGUCUUGCCGACGAGGUCUAAAUGGGACAAAGCCUGUUCCUCCCAUACCAAGGGGAAUAAGCCUUUUGCCUGAUAAAGCUGAUUUAAGCACAGUGGGACACAAAAAGAAAGAGCCUGAUGAUAUUUGGAAGUGUGAAAAAGAUAGUCUUCCAAUUGAUCUUUCAGAAUUAAAUUUCAAGGAUAAAGAUUUGGAUCAAGAAGAGAUGCAUAGCUCUCUUAGGUCCCUUCGUAAUAGUGCAGCUAAGAAAAGAGCAAAACUGAGUGGCAGUACUUCAGAUCUUGAAAGCCCUGAUUCUGCAAUGAAGCUCGACUUGACGAUGGACUCCCCGUCUCUGUCUUCCUCACCAAACAUCAGUUCUUACAGUGAAAGUGGAGUUUACAGCCAAGAAUCAUUGACUUCUUCUCUGUCUACAACUCCCCAGGGGAAGAGAAUAAUGUCAGACAUAUUUCCAACAUUUGGGUCAAAACCUUGUCCAACAAGACUUUCUUCUGCGAAGAACAAAAUUUCUCAUAUUGCUGAACAAAGCCCCAGUGCAGGGUCAUCAUCAAAUCCACAGCAAAUUUCCAGUUUUGACUUCACAACCGCAAAGACUUUAGCAGAAGACUCAGUAGUAGUAGUUGGAAAAGGCGUAUUUGGAAGUUUAAGUUCAGCACCAGCAACCUGCAGCCAAUCAGUGAUAUCUUCUGUGGAAAAUGGGGAUACAUUUUCAAUUAAACAAAGUAUUGAACCACCGUCAGGGAUUUAUGGAAGAUCAGUCCAGCAAAAUAUUUCAUCAUAUCUUGAUGCUGAGAAUGAAAAAGAUACUGAAGUUUCUAUUUCUAAAUCUACUUAUAACAAGAUGAGACAAAAGAGAAAAGAAGAGAAAGAACUGUUUCACAAUAAAAAUUGUGAAAAGAAGGAAAAAAAUACCUGGGAACGAAUGAGACAUACAGGAACCGAGAAAAUGGCAUCUGAAAGUGAAACAUCUACUGGAGCUGUUUCACAGUAUAAAGAAAGGAUGCCUUCUGUCACUCAUAGUCCAGAAAUAAUGGAUCUGUCAGAACUACGGCCAUUCUCUAAACCAGAAAUAGCACUGACAGAAGCCCUGAGGCUUUUGGCUGAUGAGGAUUGGGAGAAGAAAAUUGAGGGACUGAAUUUUAUUAGAUGCUUAGCUGCUUUUCAUUCUGAGAUACUGAACACAAAGUUGCAUGAAACAAAUUUUGCAGUUGUUCAAGAGGUGAAAAAUUUACGUUCUGGAGUUUCUCGUGCUGCUGUGGUCUGUUUAAGUGAUCUUUUCACUUAUUUGAAAAAGAGCAUGGAUCAAGAGCUAGAUACCACAGUAAAAGUUUUGUUACACAAGGCUGGUGAAUCAAAUACAUUUAUAAGAGAAGAUGUUGACAAAGCAUUGAGAGCUAUGGUUAAUAAUGUAACUCCUGCACGUGCAGUUGUUUCUCUUAUCAAUGGUGGACAAAGCCAUUUACACAUUGCUGUAAGAAGGUGUACAGCCCAGCAUUUAUCAGAUGUAUUGGAAUUUAUGGAACCAGAACGUAUUUUAUCUGCAGCAAAGGAUAUGGCUGAACGUAUAUUACCAGCUGCUGCUAAGUUUGCUCAAGACAGUUCACAAGAAACCAGGUAUUAUGGUCGAAAGAUGCUGUUCUUCAUGAUGUGUCAUCCUAACUUUGAAAAAAUGCUUGAAAAGUAUGUCCCAUCUAAAGAUUUGCCAUAUAUUAAGGACUCUGUUAGAAACUUACAGCAAAAGGGUUUGGGGGAGAUACCAUUAGAUACUCCUUCAGCAAAAGGAAGACGAUCUCAUACUGGCAGUGUUGGAAAUACAAGAUCAUCAUCUGUUUCUAGAGAUGCUUUCAAUUCAGCUGAAAGAGCUGUAACUGAAGUUCGUGAAGUGACCAGAAAAUCAGUCCCUCGUAAUUCCUUAGAAAGUGCUGAGUACCUUAAACUCAUAACUGGCUUAUUAAAUGCAAAAGACUUUCGUGAUCGUAUUAAUGGGAUUAAGCAGCUUUUAUCAGAUACUGAAAAUAACCAAGACCUUGUUGUUGGAAACAUUGUGAAGAUUUUUGAUGCUUUUAAAUCUCGACUUCAUGAUUCUAAUAGUAAAGUAAAUCUGGUGGCUCUGGAAACAAUGCACAAAAUGAUUCCUCUACUUAGAGACCACUUAUCUCCUAUAAUCAACAUGCUAAUUCCAGCAAUAGUGGACAACAAUCUGAAUUCCAAGAAUCCAGGCAUCUACGCGGCUGCUACGAAUGUUGUUCAGGCACUGAGUCAGCAUGUAGACAAUUACUUACUUCUACAGCCAUUUUGUACAAAAGCUCAGUUUUUAAAUGGAAAAGCAAAACAGGAUAUGACGGAAAAGCUUGCUGAUAUUGUUAUGGAACUUUAUCAAAGGAAGCCGCAUGCCACAGAGCAGAAAGUGUUGGUUGUUUUAUGGCAUCUCUUAGGAAAUAUGACAAAUAGUGGCUCUCUGCCUGGAGCUGGUGGAAAUAUACGAACAGCCACAGCUAAAUUAUCAAAAGCACUCUUUGCACAGAUGGGUCAGAAUCUGUUAAAUCAGGCUGCAUCUCAACCACCACAUAUCAAAAAGAGUUUGGAGGAAUUACUCGAUAUGACAAUUUUAAAUGAAUUAUGAAUCUUUGAUAAAAUACUGUAUGAUGAACAAAAGCGUUUACAUGAUGACAAAUGGAACUUUCUAAAAGUUACGUUAUCAGUGCCUGCACUUCACAUCCAGCAAAUUAAGUCAAUGGCUAUUUUUAUUUGCAGCCUAUGAGUACACAUCUGUCCUAUAUCAACCUUACCACUUAUAUUCAUCACAUAAAUACCUAAAAUAUAUCAUUCAUGAAUAAUUCAUGAAAUCUGAGUCACAUGGGAUGAAUUCAAUUUUAAUAUUUUUGAGAAAAGUCCUGCUCAUUUGCACUAUUCUAUAGAAACUACAAUUUGUUGCCCUAUAUGUACAAUUAGAAUUGUAAUUAAAAAUAUACUUUUUAUUGUGUAAUCAUGUUCUGGUAUGUCUCAUUUCUCAGCCUUAUUUUAUAACAUGGAAGUCAUUGAACUAUGUUAUCAGAAACUAAGUUUGUAUAUUAUUUGUGAAAAACAUGUAUUUCUGAAUCAGUCCGCUAAUAUGAUUGUGCAGUAUUAGCUUGCUUUUGCUGCUGUGUUAAUGUCAUAUAUUUGCUUACCUUUUGGGUUUAAUUAUCUACAUAAUUGUGAAAUUUAACAAGUUAUAAUAAAGCAUGACAACCAAAGUUUUAGAAAACAAACUUUUAAAUGCACGUUUAAAAAACGUGUUGAAUGUAACCCCCCUAUUUUUGUGUGCAAACACUAAAUUUUAUUUGUUUAUGUUUUGACCUUUAUAAAGGUGUUAUUUUGCUGCCCAGUUGUGUAAUUCUCAAAAAUAGUGCCAGGUCUUCUAUAGCUUUUUUCAGAAUUCAUGGGCUUACAAGUACUGUAUGCAUCUUUAAAAAGAAAAGGAAUGUUAUAAAAUAAAAGGAUUUAUUUCUUUA